AUGUUAAAAAAACCAGAAAAAGAAAAAAGUCAAAUCAAAGUGAACUACCCAUAUGCCCCCUUUUACUGAUCAUUUGAUAAUUUGAAUGCGACUUCUCUCUUUUCCGGCCAGGAGCCAUUUUUCAAUUCCAUCAUUUCAUCAUCAAGAUCACUCCGGCAAACUGUAGAGUCAUGGCUGAAGCUGCUGCUAGUGCUUCGGCGAAGAAGCUUAUAAGAAUUGAUGUCAGUUCAGACAGUGUUUGCCCAUGGUGCUUUGUGGGCAAGAGAAAUUUAGACAAAGCUAUUUCUGCAUCAAGAGACCAGUUUGAUUUUGAGAUCAGGUGGCACCCUUUCUUCCUCAAUCCUUCUGCCCCAAAAGAGGGUGUGAACAAGAGAGAUUUUUACAGACAAAAGUUUGGUGCUCGGUCUGAACAGAUAAUAGGGCGAAUGACAGAUGUAUUCAGUGGGCUUGGUUUGGAAUACAACAUUGAUGGGCUUACGGGAAACACUUUGGAUAGUCACAGACUUAUAUAUUAUGCUGGCCAACAAGGGCUUCACAAGCAACAUGAUCUUGUUGAGGAACUAUUCCUUGGCUAUUUCACGAGAGCAAAAUACAUAGGAGAUCGGGAGUUCCUUGUGGAAUCUGCUAAGAAGGUUGAAAUAGAAGGUGCUGCUGAGUUUUUAGAGAACCCAGAGAAUGGUCUUAAGGAGGUGAUGGAAGAGCUUGAGAAAUACUCUGCAGAUAUAAGUGGUGUUCCUUACUUCGUGAUCAACGACCACGAAAAACUGAACGGUGGACAACCACCUGAGGUUUUCUUGAGAGCUUUCAAACUCGCAGCUAACUGAUUCAAAUGUGGCUUGUUGUGAACCAGUAUAAAGUUUAAGAUUAUUAUUUGAGCUAAGCUGCUACUGAAAACAGUUUCCUCACUUAAGAAAGUGCAAAUAUUUUUACUAUUGUCUGAAUUAUGAUCCAUGUAAUACUCUGUAUAUCUUUACUUGAAAUUUUAAGAGUAGAGAUGCGGAACAAUAAAUAUUCAUAUCUGUUUGGUUGUACA